UGUAAAGAAGACAAGUCUGUUACUUGAAAGCUGUUUUCUGGAAGUAACAGCUGAGGUACUGGGUUUUCGUCUUUAUAGCAUACGAUGCUCGCUGUUUCACAUUUUUCACCACAAAACGUGGAAGAAAUGAAUACAUUACCAGGAAAGAUUGGUAGUGCUGUAUUCCCCCGGAUUGUAUCCCCAGCAAAGAGUGACUUUGAAGCUGUAGAAGCACUCAUGUACAUGAGUUGCCAUGGGAAUCCAUUUCCUAAAGAAUAUAUGGAACUUCGCCCAUUGACACCGGCAUCUGAUCUGUCAGAAGACAUGGAAGAUGGCACACUACCAAGUGCUCCAGAAUUUCAAAGCUUGCCACCAUUUUGCUUGACUCCCCCAUACAGCCCUCCUGAUUUUGGAACCCCUUCUGUUAUCCAGUCAUCCAUUGCAGCACCUACUACUGUUUUGUCUAAGUCCACUUUUGAAGGCCCAAGAAGACUAGAAGCAAGCUGCACAGAUUACCCCAUUCAGAGUAAGUCGCCUCCACCUUCCGCUUCUCCAGCAUUCCAGCAAAAGGCUCAGGCAACCAGCGUGAUUCGUCACACAGCAGAUGCACUGAAGGACAGCAAUUUUUAUACAACAAACAUAGAAAAAGUCCAUGAACAAAACAAUUCUGUUUCUGAAAUGGAUUUGUUCAACUCCAGGGACAUUGGCAUGAAGAUUCUGCCUUGUGCAGUGGUGUCUCCAAUAAAGGCACACAAGGAAGUAGUUGAAGAUAAAAAGUCAGAAAACUAUGCUUCACGUUUGUCAGCUGUUGCUAGCAUCUCUCCAGUAACUGUUGGAAGGCAACACAAUUCUGCAUUGCAACCAUCUUGUAACUUGACCCCUGUAGGAGUGACACCCCUACCCGUUUUAUACCAAAUGGUUCCAGUCAGCACUAGCCCUGUUGUAGCAGCUGUUGUCCAGACUUCUGUAUCUAACCAACAACAAGGUGUCUGUCAGCCUGUUGUAUUCAUGGCACCAGACACACCUAAAGGUACUGUAAUGUUUGUUUUGCCCCAGGCAGUCAUACAGAAUGCCAAGCAGCCUGUGUGUGGUCCAAAUGGAAUUAAACUGUCCCCUAUUGCUCCUGCGCCUAUGAACAUAUCUUCUAUUCAGAGAAUACAUCCACAGGCUGAGUUAAACAGAAUUAGAAGUCACGUGUGUGAACAUGAUGGAUGUGGGAAGACAUAUUUCAAGAGCUCCCAUCUUAAAGCCCACAUGAGAACACACACAGGAGAAAAACCAUUUAGAUGCAACUGGGAAGGCUGUGACAGAAAAUUUGCACGAUCUGAUGAACUGUCUCGACAUCGUAGGACACAUACUGGUGAAAAGAGGUUUGUGUGCCCACUGUGUACGCGUCGCUUUAUGAGAAGUGACCAUUUGACCAAACAUGCACGCCGUCACUUGUCUGCCAAAAAGCUUCCGAACUGGCAGAUGGAAGUGAGCAAGCUGAGUGACAUAGCUGCACCUUGAAAAUUCUUCAUUAGCUCAUUUGCAAUAUGAUUAUGUGUGUAGACAUGGUGCAGAUAACCACUUCCAGGUGCCAUGCAAACACCUACCCUGCAGCUCCGUGGUUCAUUUGUGCCAGCACUAGAUGGAAGGAAGUAGCACACGAUGCAGGAUGUACCCACCACGUGGGUGUUAUGUACUGAACAUUGAGUUGGACCAGCAAGUAUCGUGCCAGAUAAGAAGCAAGGUGUGUGUUCAGAAGAAGGACUACAUGAUCAGUUAUUAUGUACUGGAACUUAUAAACUGCAGCAUUUGCAGUUUUUACUGUUAUUUAUUGCUUUGUUACGUCAACAUUUAUUGGUCAAACUGAAUGUUUGCAGCACCAUUAGCUGCAGUUGUGUAAACCAGGUGGGAAGUAUGGGUUACAUCUCUUAAGUGGGAGGGGAUCUGCUGGUUGGCACAUUUUGAAGGAAUUAAAUAGUGCCAAAAUAAUUUUCAGGUAUCGUGUUAUGAAGCAGAAGGUUGAAAAGUGCAUGCAACUGUGCAAUUUUAAUGCAAGAUUAGUGAUAGAAGUCUUUUCACAGAGCUGUGCAGCAUAGUUCAUUCCUGUUUUAAGGACCAUUAUAUAUAAUAUAUUACUUUAACAUGUUUGUUUACAGUCUUUAAAAUGCGUCAUAAUGUUUGUCAUUUUAGGUUAGAUAUUAGUUGUAUGUCCAAGCAACUAUACUGAUAUGAAGUCGUUUUUGAAUAGAAUAUUCCCGUCUUUGCAUGGGAUCGGCACUAAUGGGCCUGUUCUGUCUUGCUGACAGAAGCACCAGCAGCUGUUGCUGGGGCCCAUUCCUGAUAUUUUUCAGAGUUCUGAAGACAAGCAAUUGUGGCCAAUCUUUUGACUCAAGAUACUUUCUGGUUGCACCACUGAAAGGUUACUUCACCUUACUGAUAUGUUUUUUUUUUUUUUAGCAGGUUGUGUGGUAUUUGGGUUAUAGCUAUUACCAUGUUGGUCCUGCUUUUAAUUCGUAACUUGGAAAAAUAGGCAACAAGAUGCUCAUGCUAUUUAUUCCGGAGAGAGAGAGAGAUGCAAAUGAUGUCGAGGGACAGGUGUAGCCUGCCCUGUACAGAUGGAUUCUACAUUUUUGAUCUUUGUUUAAGUCACGCCAGUUCAUCUGCUUAAUUGAAGGCCUCUCGUAGCUGUUAAUUUACAAAAUGUUGUACAUACCUUUAAAAGCUCCGUUUUGGAAAUGGGUCAAAUUUAGCUGACUGAAAAUUUAUAAAAGCCACUGGGUCGUUUAAAGCAUUUUCUAUUAGCACCUUUAUGAAGUGCAGCCGUUAUUAUAUUGGUAUGACUGCUUUAGCAGAAGUGUGUUAUUUUCAAGCUAUUUAUUUAUUUAAUUGGCAUUGGCCUUCAAACACAUGCGUUUCUGUGAGGUAUUCACAACCCAAAGAUGCACACUAAAGAGUAAUUUUUUUUUCUUGUAAAUGCUGCAAUAAGAGUUUAUUUGAAAGGUGUGCUGUUCUGCUUAAGUAACCUCUGUAAUGUUGCCUUGCAGACCAGAAUGUUACUUAAUGAGAUUACUUUUGUGAGACUACUUCGUUUGCACACUGUUUAUUACAUGACAUAUUAUGUUUACAUAUUGAAUAAAAAACAUGUUUUUUA